UCAAUCUUCCUAAACAUAAUGGUUUAGAAAGAAAUAGUUUAACUCUAAAUAUAGACAGAUAAAAGUUGCAGUUUUUUCUGUCACAAAGAUUGCCGACCUUGCUGCGCGGUUGAGAAGUUGAAGUCCUAAAUUUAGUACCACGUUGGAUUUUCCGAAUUAUUGUUAUUAUUUUAUAAUCAGAAAAGGAGAGUUAAGAGGGUGAUACUGGAAAUUGAGCAGUUCCAAGCAGUUAUAGUCGACGAAAAUUAAGCAAAAUAUUUUGCGUUGAGUUCGUGACUAUUCAACAUCUGUGAUUCUCUAAAGGUUUUAAAUUUGGAAGGAAAUAAAGACUGCACAGUCACUGCUGCAGAGUGUGUAGAGGUCACUGGAGUUGAUUCUGAAAAAAAGAAGAGAGAUCGAUACAUGGUGUCUUUGUCACUCUCUGGAUUCUGAGCCUUUCCGAAAAUCAUUUAUCUGUUUGUCUUUUGGAUUAGGAUUAUACACCUCUCUGAUUGUACGUGAAGUUCCUAAUACAGAUAUUAACAGAGAUUAAGGUUGAUGGAAUCAGUAUGAAAAAGUUCCGUUUUUUAAACAUUUGCUGCACUGUUUAUCUUCUGCUUUUUAGAUGGGUAUGCUGCAGCUUUUGAAGAUUUUUGUAUUUAUUAUUUGUUUCUUCUUCUUUUUAUUUGGGGAUUGUACUUGAUUUCGAGAAGGGUGUUUGAGUUAAACCGACUUUUCUUUACUUUUCCAAAAAGAAAGGACCUUUAGACAUCCAUCUUCAAAUGUCUGUUCCCGGUUUUUAAUUCGCAAAUGCUGUGACAAUAUAAGAGUUAUGGAUAUUUCUCACUAUACAAGGAUUGUCUUUGACAAAAUUCAUAAAUUUGAGCCAGAGCAUGCUAGAAAGAUAAUCGGUUAUCUCCUUCUACAAGACCAUGGAGAACUAGAAAUGGCAAAAUGGGCUUCGUACCCUGACUGUUACAUCCGUGAAGUGGCAUUUCAGGCCAAAAGGGAGCUUCUCAGAUUGUCUGCGAAACCAGAUAUCCUUCCAAUUUCACAUAUGGUCAACCCUCAACAAGGUUAUGGCCAUUUAGCAAUAAUGUCUCCUAGAACUCCUACUACACCAAACUUUCAGGUUCCCCCUCUCUAUUGGGAUCCACAACCUGCUGGCAAUAUCAAUCCAGACUUUAUGGCAAUGAAUUACAUGGAUUCUGUCAUUGAGCUUCAGAAGCAGACACAAUUGUGCAGUUUGGAGAAUCGUAUAGGUGCUGUAAAGACUGGGACUGUAGGGGUUGCCAACGAUUACUGUAGAGAUGCUUCUGCUGCCAAUUUUGGUGGCAAAGCUGGGAAAAGGUUUUCUGAAUAUCCAAUGAAAGUUUGUCACUAUUUCAACAAAGGAUUCUGCAAACAUGGAAAUAACUGCAGAUUCUACCAUGGGCUAGUUGCCCCUGAGAAUUUAUCUCAGAUGUAUGGAAGUGAUGCUAGUGGUGAGGAUCAGGUGAUUUCCCCAGGGUCACUGGCACAGCUAGAGAAAGAAAUUAUUGAGCUUCUAAGAUCAAGGGAUGAUGCAAUAUCGAUUGCUUCUCUGCCAAUGGCGUACUAUGAUAGAUAUAAGAAGGUACUGCAAGCAGAUGGUUAUUUAACUGAGAGCCAAAGACACGGUAAGUCUGGCUAUAGUUUGACAAAGCUUCUUGCGCGACUGAAAAAUAGUAUUCGUCUAAUAGUGAGACCUCAUGGGCAGCAUUCAGUGACUCUGGCAGAAGAUGCUCCCACACAAAUGAAGAAGGGAGAGUUUCCUCGAAAUAUCAGUGCUUCACGACAGAUAUAUCUGACAUUUCCGGCUGACAGCACUUUCACAGAGGAUGAUGUCUCAAACUACUUCAACACAUUUGGGCCUGUUGCAGAUGUUAGAAUUCCAAACCAGCAGAGAAGGAUGUUUGGAUUUGUGACAUUUGCUCAUUCAGAAACUGUCAAAACUGUUUUGGAUAAAGGGAAUCCUCAUUGUGUUCGGGGUUCUCGGGUUCUUGUGAAACCUUACCGGGAGAAAGCAAAGAUUAAUGAAAGGAAGUUCACAGAUAGACUUGAGCACACUGUUUGUUAUUCACCACACUGUGUAGAUACGGAUUCUGAACUUAACUCAACUCCAAGAAGUUUGGGGAACCAUAAAUCUUUUAGGAGGCAGCUGCAAGAGCAAGAACAGGCCCUGGAACAUGAGAGGAGAAGCCUUGCACAACUGCAGUUUUCCUCAAAACCUUUAUCCAGCUCACCUCAUUUUGGUUUCUCCUUGGAUGAGACAAAAGUUUCAGAUGAUCACUUCAGUCUUCAGCCACCAGAAGAAUCUUUCCGUUUUCCACUGCAUGCCAAAUCCAUACAUACAGACGACAAUUUCUCUGAUGAGGAAAGCUAUCAAGGCCUCAACCUCCCAGACAGUCCAUUCGCGUUUCCAAUAGAUAGUGAGAUGUAAACAAAUCAUAGUUUCAGAUACAUAUACAAGAAAUAUAGAGUUCAAAUAGAUCAAGGCCCGAGGUAUCAGCUUUCUUUUGAUACACAAGACAAUUCUUGUGUUGAACUAUUUUCUCAACCAGUGCAGCAAUUUAGUCAAAAUUCCAGGUAGUGCAUACAUGCUGAAGAAGAGACAUUGGAAGGAGUUCCUCUUAACAAUUGAAAUUGGUGGCAUUAACAAAAAGUUAAUGAUACAUGUAAGAAGGUUAUAGCUUUUAAUUACAGACAGGAGCAGGUGGCAGAAGCUUUGAAUUUUAGAACAUAUAGUUAUAGUUAUGUUUUGUUUGAUGAAGUCAUUAGUGGAUGAAAAGAACUAGAUAUUUUGUUGUCCACAGUUUUUCUUAGCUUAAGAACCUUAGAAUCUGUCUAUGACUAAGGGAUGUAUUGACUGUGAACAACUUCAAUAAAGUUUUUUAUCCCUCAUA